UGUUGCUUCUGUCAAAAAAUCUAUAUCGAACGCUUGUCGCCUUGUUUUGUGAUUUGCUCUGCUGCUCAUUUUACUAUCAUCAACUUUUUUUGUUAUUUACAAUAUUAAAUCAUGGCCGGUUACAACCCAAUCGACUUAGUUGAAGAGGACGCAGCAGACUUGCAAUUCCCUAAAGAAUUUGAAAAUGCCGAAACGUUGCUGAUCAGUGAAGUUCAUAUGCUGCUAGAACAUCGCAAGAACCAAAAUGAGUCCUCCGAGGAAGAACAGGAGUUCUCCGAAGUAUUUCUCAAGACCUAUAACUAUACCGGUCUAUUCCGGAAGUUCAAAAACAAGGAAACCAUCGCCAGUGUAAGAAGUUUGUUAAUGUCUAAAAAACUGCAUAAGUUUGAAUUGGCCGCUCUGGGGAAUCUUUGCCCUGAGGCUCCGGAAGAAGCUAAGGCUUUGAUUCCUUCGCUAGAGGGGCGUUUCGAGGAUGAAGAGUUGAGACAAAUAUUGGACGAUAUUGGAACCAAGCGAAGCUUGCAGUAUUGAAAGGGUGCUACGCAAGUUUUUCUUUUCUCCUUAAAAAAUUUUUGCUAUUUGUAAGAUACAACAAUGAAUAAAUAUUUUAUUCGCGAUUCUGCAAAACUUACAAAA